AUGAAACGCUCGAUCAGCCCCGACCCUUUUUCCUCAACGAAGUCGCCGAAACUCGUUCACCACUCACCGGAUGAUGGAGGAGCAGAGGGCAAUCCUUAUCGUCUUCCUUUUACCUUAAGCGAUGAAAACCUCUCAUGCCUUCCUAUCUCCCAGGCGAGGGAGCCUCCUCCUAUCUUUAACUUGGAUCCCAAUUCUGUCAAAGAUACACAAGACAGAAACAAACUAUACUUAGCAAAAGCUUGGGACUUGCUAAAGCCAGCGAUCAAAAUCAUCUUAGAUGAUGAUGAAUACAAAAAGCCUGGCGACGUUCUCUGUUUCACUACGAUUUUUAGAGCUGUUAAGCGUGCUUGCUUAGGCGAUCCUCGACAAUCAGAACUGGUUUUCAAUCUUGUCAAGCAUGAGUGUGAGCCUCACAUUGCUGAGCUUAUACAGUCUUUAGAAAAGAAUUGCAGUGGCAGUGAUGAUCCCUCUGUGUUCUUGCCACACGUGUACAAUCGCUGGCUAGACUUUAAAAGGAAGAUGAGUCUUGUGUCUGACGUAGCCAUGUAUCAGACUCUUAAUGGCUUGACAUUGUGGGACGUGGGCCAGAAGCUUUUCCAUAAACAACUCUCCAUGGCCCCUCAACUUCAAGAUCAAGUUAUUACCGGCAUAUUAAGACUCAUCACUGAUGAAAGAUUAGGCAAGGCUGCGAACAACACGAGUGAUCUCCUAAAGAAUCUUAUGGACAUGUUCCGCAUGCAGUGGCAGUGUACAUAUGUGUAUAAGGACCCUUUUCUUGAUUCCACUUCUAAGUUUUACGCCGAGGAAGCAGAGCAAGUCCUGCAGCGAUCCGACAUUUCCCACUACUUGAAAUAUGUCGAGAGGACUUUCCUUGCGGAAGAGGAAAAAUGCGAUAAGCAUUAUUUCUUCUUUUCAUCUUCCCGGUCUCGACUAAUGAAAGUCUUAAAGAGUCAGCUCCUGGAGGCGCACUCUUCUUUUCUUGAAGAGGGUUUUAUGCUAUUAAUGGAUGAGAGUCUCAUCGAUGACCUUAGAAGAAUGUAUCGUUUGUUCUCUAUGGUAGAUUCGGAGGAUUAUAUAGACCGCAUUCUGAGAGCCUACAUUUUGGCAAAAGGAGAGGGAGCUAGGCAAGAAGGCUCCUUGCAGGAGUUGCAUACUAGCAUCGAUAAGAUAUGGCAUCAAUGCUUUGGUCAGGACGAUUUGUUGGAUAAGACCAUCAGAGACUGUUUUGAGGGUUUUGGUCUUCAUGUGCCGGGUGAAUUUUCGGAUCAACUGCAGUGGAUAGAUGAUGAUGAUGAUGAGGAUUAAACUAAAUAGAAGUUGUAAUUGUUAGUCUGGUCGUGUGUUGCGUUUCUGUAUUGAUCUCUUGUAAGACUUUUCAACUAGCAUACUAAAGAAUAUAAGUAAUAUAUUAUCAAUUAGC